UGUUGAAUUCUUGUUCGAAAUUCCAUAUUCACUUCACACUAAACUUUCAUGGCUUCUGUCCCCAAAGCAUUCACCUAUGAUGUGUUCCUUAGCUUUCGAGGUGAGGAUACUCGCUACGGUUUCACUGGAAAUCUAUGGAAAGCUCUCCAUGACAAAGGAGUCCGUACUUUCAUGGACGACGAGGAGCUUCAAAAAGGUGAAGAAAUCACACCAUCACUCAUCAAAGCCAUUGAAAAUUCCAACAUGGCCAUCGUUGUUCUUUCCAAGAAUUAUGCUUCUUCUUCCUUUUGCUUAAAAGAACUUUCUAAGAUCCUUGAGGUGGGUCUUUUUGUUUUGCCAGUUUUCUACAAGGUGGAUCCUUCCGAUGUACGAAAGUUAGAAAAGAGUUAUGGAGAAGCCAUGGAUAAACAUAAGGCCAGCUCUAAUCUGGAUAAAUGGAAGAUGUCUCUUCACCAAGUUGCCAAUUUGUCAGGUUUUCAUUACAAGAAAAGGGAUGGGUAUGAGCACGAGUUUAUUGGGAAGAUUGUUGAACAAGUCUUAAGAAAUAUAAAACCCGUUGCCUUACCUAUUGGUGACUACCUAGUUGGACUGGAGCACCAAAAGCAACACGUGACUUCACUUUUGAAUGUUGGAUCUGAUGAUGCAAUCCAUAUGGUAGGGAUCCAUGGGAUUGGUGGAAUAGGGAAAACUACUCUUGCUCUAGAAGUUUAUAACUCUAUUGUCUGUCAAUUUCAAGGUUCCUGUUUUCUUGAAAAAGUAAGAGAAAAUUCAGACAAAAAUGGGUUGAUAUAUCUCCAAAAGAUCCUUUUGUCUCAAAUUUUUGGAGAGAAGAACAUUGAGUUAACAAGUGUUGGACAAGGAAUUUCCAUGUUACGACAAAGGCUCCACCAAAAGAAGAUUCUUUUGCUUCUAGAUGAUGUUGACAAUUUGGAGCAAUUAGAGGCCAUUGCUGGAAGAUCCGUUUGGUUUGGUCCAGGAAGUAGAGUCAUCAUUACGACUCGGGACAAAAGGUUGCUAACAAGGCAUGAGAUUGAAAUAACAUAUGAGGUGAAUGGAUUGAAUGAUGAAGAUGCUUUUGACUUGAUACGGUGGAAAGCUUUAAAAAACAAAUAUAGUCCAAGCUAUAAAGAUAUAUUAUUUGUUACAAAGUAUGGAAGAGAAUUAAUGGAUAUGAACGACAAGGUUUUUUCAGGUUAUGUGCAUGUUUUAAAACGUGCGGUAGCAUAUGCUUCUGGCCUUCCACUCGCUUUGGAAGUCAUAGGUUCUCACUUUUUUAAUAAGACAAUAGAGGAAUGUAAAUGUGCACUAGAUCGUUAUGAAAGGGUUCCUGAUAAAAAGAUCCAAACGACACUGCAACUGAGCUUUAAUGCUUUGCAAGAAGAAGAAAAGUCUGUUUUUCUUGACAUUGCUUGUUGCUUCAAAGGAUGGAAAUUGAAAAGAGUCGAAGAAAUACUUCAUGCCCAUCAUGGUGAUAUCAUGAAAGAUCACAUUAAUGCAUUAGUGGAAAAAUCUCUCAUAAAAGUAAGCGAGUCUGGUAAUCUGACAUUACACGAUUUGGUAGAGGAUAUGGGGAAAGAAAUUGUUAGACAAGAGUCACCAGAAAAUCCUGGAAAACGCAGUAGGCUAUGGUCCUCUAAAGAUAUCAUUCGAGUCUUGGAAGAAAAUACAGGAACAAGUAAAAUUGAAAUCAUAUAUUUCGACCGUUGGAUUAGAGUAGAAUGGGAUGGAGAAGCUUUCAAGAAGAUGGAAAAUCUCAAAACACUCAUUUUUAGUAAUGAUGUUUUCUUUUCUAAAAAUCCCAAACAUCUUCCAAAUAGUCUAAGAGUGUUGGAAUGUCGAUAUCACAAGUAUCAUUCAUCAGAUUUCCAUGUGCAUGAUGAUAGAUGCCAUUUUUUCAUUCACCCUCCAUCAAAUCCAUUUGAGUGGAAGGGCUUUUUCACAAAGAAGUUCGAGAAUAUGAGAGUUUUAAAUCUUGAUCAUAGUGAAGGUUUAGCAGAAAUACCUAAUAUAUCUGGUCUCCCAAAUUUAGAAGAAUUUUCAAUUCAAAAUGGUGAGAAAGUAAUUGCAAUUGAUAAAUCGAUUGGUUUUUUGGGUAAACUUAAAAUCUUUAGAAUUAUAAGUUGUGCCGAAAUCCGGAGUGUUCCACCUCUCAGUUUGGCUUCACUGGAAGAAAUAGAAUUUUCACAUUGUUAUAGCCUAGAAAGCUUUCCUCUCAUGGUGAAUAGAUUUCUUGGUAAACUUAAAAUCUUAAGGGUUAUAAAUUGUACCAAAAUCAAAAUUAUUCCAUCACUCAUUUUACCUUCUCUAGAAGAACUUGAUCUUUCAGAUUGUACUGGUCUUGAGAGUUUUCCACCUUUGGUAGAUGGGUUUGGUGAUAAGCUUAAAACCAUGAGUGUUAGAGGUUGCAUCAAUAUAAGGAGUAUUCCAACUCUCAUGUUAGCUUCUCUAGAAGAACUUGAUCUUUCAGAUUGUAUUAGUCUUGAGAGUUUUCCAAUAGUGGAGGAUGGGUUUCUCGGAAAACUAAAAACCUUGCUUCUUAAAAAUUGUCAUAAUCUCAAGAGUAUUCCACCUCUCAUGUUGGAUUCACUAGAAACACUUGACCUUUCAAAUUGUUAUAAUCUCGAGAGUUUUCCACUUGUGGUAGACGGGUUUCUUGGAAAACUUAAAACCCUUCUUGUUGGAAGUUGUCACAAACUCAGGAGUAUUCCACCUCUCAAGUUGGAUUCACUAGAAAAACUUGACCUUUCAUAUUGUUGUAGUCUCGAGAGUUUUCUAUCUGUGGAGGAUGGGUUGCUGGAUAAACUGAAAUUCUUGAAUAUUGAAUGUUGUGUCAUGCUUAGGAAUAUCCCAUGGCUCAAGUUGACUUCUUUGGAACAUUUCAAUCUUUCAUGUUGUUAUAGUCUUGAUCUUGAGAGUUUUCCAGAUAUAUUGGGAGAGAUGAGAAAUAUACCAGGACUCCUAUUGGAUGAAACUACCAUAGAAGAGUUGCCAUUUCCAUUUCAAAAUCUUACCCAGCUUCAAACAUUUCAUCCAUGUAACUGUGAAUAUGUUUACGUACCAAGUAGCAUGUCAAAACUGGCUGAAUUUACCAUCAUGAAUGAAAGGAUGUCAAAAGUGGCUGAAUUUACCAUCCAGAAUGAAGAAAAAGUGUACGCAAUCCAAUCUGCACAUGUAAAGUAUAUUUGCAUCAGGGACUGCAAACUUUCAGAUGAAUAUCUGUCACUAAAUCUCAUGUUGUUUGCUAAUGUGAAAGAAUUACACCUAACUAACAUUCAAUUCACAGUUCUUCCUAAAUCUAUUGAAAAAUGUCAUUUUUUGUGGAAACUCGUUUUGGAUGAUUGCAAGGAUCUUCAGGAAAUUAAAGGGAAUCCUCCAAGCUUAAAAAUGUUAUCUGCACUAAAUUGCAUAUCGUUGACUUCUUCAUGCAAAAGCAUAUUAGUAAAGCAGGAAUUACAUGAGGAUGGAAACACUUGGUUCCGUUUGCCACAGACAAAGAUUCCAGAGUGGUUCGACCACCAAAGCGAGGCAGGAUUGUCAAUUUCUUUCUGGUUUCUUAACAAGUUUCCUGCCAUAGCUCUCUGUGUAGUUUCUCCAUUGACAUGGUAUCGUUCUCAACAUUGUGUUAGAGUGGUCAUCAACGGAGAUACAUUUUUCUAUACACAUGGUUCGAAGAUUGGUGCAAAAUCACAGGCGGAUACGUAUCAUUUGCAUCUUUUCCAUAUGCAAACGGAAAACUUCAAUGAUAAUAUGGAUAAAUCACUUUUAGAAAAUAAGUGGAACCAUGCAAAGGUUUACUUUGGAUUCAAAUUCCAUAAAAGUGGAAUCCAUGUAUUGAAAGCUAAAAGUAACAUGAAGGAUAUUCGAUUCAGCGACCCAGGGAGUUGAUGCUAACAUUGUGUUACACUCGGGAUGUUGUACCCUCCUAUCAUAUCACUAGAGAGCACAUUCAAAAGAUAAUGGUGGAAGCUUUGAUUACUCUUUUGGGCUCUUUCUAUUAUGCUGAAGAAUGGAUCCAAAAGCAUGUGAUGAAUCAGUGAAAGAUUCUUCAGAUUUCAAGUCUGAGAAGAAGAUUCUCCACACAGUUGAUAAAUCAAUUGCAUGUCCAACUCCAAAGAAGAAGACUGAACUAUUAUAACCCUUCAAUCACAAGGAUCUGCAAAACCUGCUUCCAUAAAUGUAUGAAAUUUAACCAAGUUCAACAUUUUUCCAACUUUUCAAAAUAUUUGCAAGAAAGUUGAAGUUCUUGCUAAGAAACUUCUCUUAUGCUCAUCUAGCGCAGAUGAAGUAUAUACUUCCCAAAGGUAUAGAAAUUGAAAAGGCGGUUGUUGUUGAUAAGAAGAGCUUGUGCAUGAAGCCGGAUUUGAAGAUCACCUUGGUAUUUGAAGUUGUAGAUCACUUUGAACAGUCUGCUGAUUUGGCUUUUACACAAUAUUCUAAUUCCAGGCUGAUUAAUUUCUUUAAUCUGCAUCUUCAGAAAGAGGAAAGCUGAAGGAAUCAUUGUCCAUGAGUACAUAAGAUCUCCCUUCCACAUUCUGUUAGCCGCGCUGAAGCCCUGAUUUAAAAAUUGUCUCUUGUACGGAUAAUUUGAUGACACACACACAUGCACAGUCACUACCUGAGAGAUUGUUGCUCGGUUCUGAUGCUAAGCUUCAGAAAAUGAAUGCCCAAAAGUCUGCGUCGUGUUUUAGGCAUGCAAAAAGAGUGCUCCACUUUACACUCACAGAAGGCACUUCACAAUAGAGUAUACAUGUCUAAACUUAGCAGAGGAUGUUCUGAGGACUUUUAAUCUUUUGAUUCUGUCUCCUCACCUCAGGUAGACGAGAACCUUGGUCAUUCUUUUCAGAAAAUCAAUGUAGAUCAACAUUCUUUGAAUGCAUUGGAUAACAAUCCUUCAUCAUUGGUGGAACUGGUUAAUGUGAUUGAUUC